GGGCAGGAACAGAGACCAAAAGCUUGGGAGGGAAAAUCUGGAAGAUUAAUUUUGGAGCCUAAAUGAGGUCCAGUCCUUGAGUACAAGGCAGAGAGAGCAACCAAACAUUUCUUUACUAAUUUUGCACAAAUAGCUGAAUUGGAAUUAGAGUCUUUAUUAAGAGAUGUGGUUUUUGGGAGCAGAAACAAGGAUGUUGGCCGAGCAUUCUGUCCUUGAACAAGGGUUGUCUGCAGCAUGCAGCCUUUUGGCAUGGGUUAACUUCCUCGUGCUUUGAUUGCAUUUCACAAGGGAUUUUCCUCAUCCUGCCUUUCGGCAUGCAUGAGUUGAAAUUCCUUGUGUCCCCGGCCCUUGCUUUCCUCCAUAUACAAACUACUGCAAUCAAGCUGCAAAGUUCUUGAUUGCAUGUGCAUAUAGUAUUGAUCUUGUUUCAUCUUCACCAUCAGCUGUUUCUGUGGUGGAACUUGAGGCAGGGUUUUCAGAAAAAACCACAAAAGCAAAAAUGGAGAAAAAGAAGGGAAACAUAUUGAUGAAUAAAUACGAGCUGGGACGAUUGCUUGGACAAGGGACCUUCGCCAAGGUUUACCAUGCCCGAAAUCUGAGGUCAGGCCAGAGCGUUGCGAUUAAGGUCAUCGACAAGGAGAAGGUGCAACAGGUGGGAUUGAUUGAUCAAAUCAAGAGAGAAAUCUCUGUGAUGCGCCUUGUGAGGCACCCCAAUGUGGUUCAGCUCUUUGAAGUCAUGGCCAGCAAGACCAAGAUUUAUUUUGCCAUGGAGUAUGUGAGAGGUGGGGAGCUUUUCAACAAGGUUGCCAAGGGGAAGCUCAAGGAAGACGUGGCCCGAAAAUACUUUCAGCAGUUGGUUGGGGCUGUUGAUUACUGCCAUAGCAGAGGCGUCUACCACCGCGACAUCAAGCCAGAGAAUCUCUUGGUUGAUGAGAAUGGUAACCUUAAAGUUUCGGAUUUUGGAUUGAGCGCAUUAUGGGAGUCAAGGGGACAAGAUGGCCUGCUCCACACAACAUGUGGAACUCCUGCAUAUGUAGCACCAGAGGUGAUAAACAAGAAAGGUUAUGAUGGUGCCAAGGCUGAUACAUGGUCUUGUGGGGUUGUCCUUUAUGUUCUGUUGGCUGGUUUUCUGCCUUUCCAUGAUACCAAUCUCAUGGAAAUGUACAGGAAAAUCAGCAAAGGAGAUUUCAAAAGUCCGCAAUGGUUUCCUCCAGAGGUUCGCAAGCUUCUUUCAAGGAUUCUUGAUCCUAAUCCAAACACAAGAAUAAGUGUGGACAAGAUCGUGGAGAACAGUUGGUUCAAGAAAGGGUUUAAACUUGUUGAAGCACCUUUGCCGCCUCCUGAUCCCAACGCCUCCAUCCUGCGUGAUGUCCAGGCAGCUUUUGCAUCAACAACAACAGAUGAGUCUGCAGAAGGCAGUUCCCACAAGAAAACGAGCACGGCAGGAACAAGCCCCAUGAGGCCAACCUGUUUCAACGCCUUUGACAUCAUCUCUCUAUCGCCAGGUUUUGAUCUAUCCGGUUUGUUUGAGAAUGACAUGCAGCACAGACCACAGGCAAGAUUCACCAGCACAAAACCAGCCGCAACAAUUGUUUCAAAAUUCGAAGCGAUAGCAGAGACCGAGAGAUUCAAAUGCAUGAAGAAAGAUGGGACCCUGAAAUUGCAGGGCAGCAAGGAAGGAAGGAAAGGGCAGCUUGGUAUCGAUGCUGAGAUUUUUGAGGUCACGCCUUCAUUUUAUGUUGUAGAGAUGAAGAAAACGGCUGGGGACACAUUAGAAUACAUGGAGUUCUGUGACCAUGACUUAAAGCCCUCUCUUCAGGACAUAGUAUGGACUUGGCAAGGAAGUGAACAAAAGCAUGAGCAACAGCCAGUAGCACCAGAAAUUGUUUCUUAGAUAGGAAGUGCAUAUUUUCUAUCUAAAACUAGAUGCUAAAAGAUGUCUUCCGUGCUUUUUCAUCUUUAUUUUCUUAUGCUUUCAGGUCUUUUUUUAUUUAUCCACUUUUGGAGUUCUUUUGAAUUUGAGAUCUAAAUGUAGAGAGGGGUAUUGUUAGUCUUGUGCACAACUUCAAGGCAGAGUGCAGUACAGGAUGGCUCGAAAAUUCUGUAAACGAGAUGCUGCAAAAUGUGGUAGCCAGAAUGAUCAGAGGCAGAUAGACCACUAGUUUAAACUGGUAGCCCCCCAAAAGGGCAAAUUUAGGAUAUUCAAUAACAUAUUUAAAGUGAAAGCUUUAGACUAAUUUUUUUUUUCCCUUUCCUUCUUUUCUUUUCCUUUGAAUUCACAGUAACACUGUGAAGUGAAGAAACAAAUGUAUCAUUUGCUUAUGAAUCUAGCUAUCCAUCAUCGUCUUUGUCCCACACA